AUGAACGUAGCGGCAUCAUCUUCUCCAUCGUCACGCAAGCAAAAACGCCUUGGCCCCGCACCUAUCGCUUCAAUGGAAGACACUACAGCUGAAGAGAAAGAAAAGAUGGAGCAUCAAACCAAUCACAGCUUACACCGCUGGUCGCAGGAAAAGUCGUCCAUUGACUCGAACCGUGGCUCGCCAACAAAAACCUCCGAUGGACCCACAGCACUGACGCCGGCAACGCCACGUAUCGAUAUCAGCCGAGCCUCCUCGCACUCGUCCCAUCACGACAGCCGGGAUAGCAGCCCCGAAAAUGUGUUUGACCAGGUCGGCACGGGAACACUACAGGAUGCCGGAGUCUUAGGCUUUCGGGAGGAGGACACUCUGGAUCUGCGGAAUUCAACUGAGGAGCUUCAAUUCAUGGAGCCUGAAAAAGGCAACCGAGAGAAAGAGAAACCGAAUACACAGAUCAUGUACGGGUCAUCACCCUCGCAACGGUACUCUCCGAUCAUCUGGAAGCUAGAUGAUCAACAGCAGCAGCAUCAGCAGCAGCAAGUACAGCAACAGCAGCACCACCAGCAACAACUGCACAAUCGCAAAGAUUCGGCGAGUUCCGAGGUAGUAGCGUUCCUAUCGAUCUCUGGCCGAACGAGCCGGCUCUCCAGUGUCGGUAGUCAGGGAUCAGCCAAUAGCAAACUAUCGGCCACAUCAGCCAUGUCAGGAAUUUCUCGCUCACCCUCGCCCCACAAGAUGCUACUCGAGACUUCCUUCUGCGGAGUGAAGCCACUGCUCUCCUACCCCGAAGGCAGCAUCGUUGGUGGUAGCCUGGAGCCUUCAACCGAGAAGAUGCUCGAGCAAGUGAUACUAUCCCGCAAGAAGGACCCCACGGAGGCGGUCCUAGCAGAAGGGGUGCAAUUGCAGCCAUCAGUGGCAGGCGGCUGCCGUGUACUAUCGCCGAACAUUCCUCGGCAGCCACCUCCUGGAGGCGGGGGAAACAAAGAGGGACUCAUCCAACAAGAAGAUCCCAACAACGGUGGUGGCCAUAUGCGGCGUAAGUCUGACUGUGGGACCGGCACGGCCACUAACCUCGAUAUACAGCAGCUUAAAGUAAGUCAAACUAGCCGCAGCGUCGGCAACAAACGUAACAUUCCGCCGCGGGAUUUGAAGAACUCGAUCGUUGGUGUGAUGCCGAGUGGCACUGAGUACAUCCGGAUCAAGCUCAAACCGGACCACUGCUACACGGACAACGGCAUUGCAGACAACGAGCGCAUCGUGGAACUUUCGAAGGAGAACGGUGGCCAGGAGCUCCUCGGGGCCAACGACCCCCAGCGCACACGUACCUCGAGCAUCACACGCUCUGGAUCGCCCGCAAAUGUAAGUUUUUCGCGAAUGAAUUCAUUCUUUUCGCUUUUUAGAUCUAGAAUUGACUGUGGAAUACACUUUGACAAACCCACUAACCUUCAGCAGCACCAGCAGCAGCAUCAGUCGCGGAAGAAGCGGACCUCGACCACUUCAAACGAUUCGGGUGCGGGCGGGCAGCAGAUUGACCAUCACAGCAUUUCAGCCAACUCGACACCCUCGAAGCAGAAGCUCGUGCUGAAGAUGUUCAAAUCGAAACGGGACCCAAAAUCGAAGUCACCUUCCCCAAUGGGUUCGGCUGCGGAUGGUAUUGGUGGUGGUGGUGGUGGGGAUCAAUACACAACAAGCAAUAUAGGGGCGGCACGAUCACCUGGCACCACCGGGCUACGGUACUACGAUGCACCGCUCGAUGGGCAAAGCAUACACAUUCCCUUGCACACGCCCCCGGAAGAACGGAGGUUGGGUUCUUUCCGGAGUGCAAUAGGAGUUUCCUCAUCGACCCACCCAGACUCGGAAUCUGGUUCAGCACCGACAGCACCAAUGUCAGUAUCUGCUUCGGCCACCCCAACCGGACAAAGUAGCCAUCAGCAAAAGUACAUCAAGAACAGCAACAGCAGCGCUCCUAAACAACAACGCAUUGCCAAUAUGACGGUCACGAUACACGACCGUCCGAAACCGAUGCCACCGCUCAAAUGCUAUCGGAUUGACAAUCCCGACGGCAGCAUCAUUAUACCACUGAAAUCGCCAGUGGAAGACAAGGAAGCCAACAGUCACAACUGGGAGAACGUGAUAGGCGAGCUGUCGCAGCGCAUCGAAAAGCAGGUCAGUGAGGACCGCGACGAGGAGGUCGGGAUGGUAAUGGUCGGGAAGUCCCAGACCUCCAAGAGUGCCCCCAACAACCGAAGGCCAGUAUCUCUGCUGUACAAUGAAAUCGAAUCUUCUUCCGGUUGCCCCGAUGAGCAUCCGGGAGCUCCGAGGCCAUCUGCGCCGCCUCCACCUCCGCCUCCACCACCACCUCCAACCGCGACAGCCAGCAAGCGUACUGGGAAAAAGGCUACUACUACCACGACGGCGGAACUGCACCAAGUAUCUCCGGGAAGCAGUAUCUUGCGGCAAAAGCAGCAGAGCGUGUUUCAAACGCGCGUCGGGUCCGGUAGUAAUGAUGAACAAAUAUUCAGCACCCCGUUGAAAGAUUACACCAAAGAUCAGCACCGGAAAAGCUCGAGUUCCGAGAGUUCCCAGCACCAAAAGCUGGCUGGUGGUUGUGGUGGUGACGUGGCAAAGAGGAAACCAUUUGCUGGUAAUUGUAGUGACCAUCCAAGCGACCUAGUGACCGCUGAUAGUGUAACAACAUCAUCAUCUUCACCUCAACAGGUCAUGAUGGCGCAAGGAGCGAUGUUGAUCAAGGAGCUUCAUGAGCACCAAAAGCAGUAUCAGCAACGACAACAACAGCAACAGCAAAAACAACAACAGCAACAGCAACAGCAGCAGCAGCAGCAACAGCAGCAGCAGCAACAGCAUAGCGACACCGCUACCACCGGCACUGCUGCUGCCGCUCUAGGCUCACGUAGUAGUAGUCCGGCCGAAUGUGCCAGUAGUGACGUUAAACAUCACCACCACCAGUACCAACAGCAUCAGCACCAUUACCAAAACCAUCGCCCGAAGCAUCACAAGCAUCAUCAUGAGCAUAAAUCAUCGUCGAUCGAUCGACCCUCGUCCGUUACGCCCGUCGAGGACGACUGCGGCUUGUCGUCGGAGAGCGAAAAGGACUCGGAAGUGGAUUCCGCCUCAACGACGACGACGGCGGCGGCGGCAGCAGCAACAAGAGCUGCCGCAGAUCGACACGCGAUGCGGCCAAACAUGCUGGCUAUCGAGGACCACGAGAGUGCUGGACUCGUGUUUCAGGAGUCGUUCGAUGACGAGCUACCCUACAUACCGACUACGUUGCCGGAGGAAAAACCGAUGGGCGUGAAGCUCGUCCCAGUGAAGGAGCGCUCACAAAUCGACAUGAAAACUUAUCCGCUGGAACGACCCCGUUCAACGACGCCGAUCCAUCCGGGUGCGCUCGAGAAAUACUGCGAUCGGUCAGCCAAUCAACAAUCAGCGGUUACCCGUGGCGGUUACACCUCGCGAGGUAGUGUCGGUGAGCGGACUUCUUCUUCACAGCUUCCCGAUCGGACCACACCGGGUGCUGGUGGGGAAAAGCUCCGCAUUAGCCUACCGUCCAAGAAGCCGGCUCUGGAACACAGCACUGGCUCUGGAACAGGGGUACGAAUGUUCGAGCACCGCUCUUCGCUUGGGGCAAUCACGAUGACUACGACGACAGCGAGUGGAAGUAGUUCUGCGUCCGGCGGUGCCAAUUCUAACACCGGUACAAGUUCACGCAUGGGCAGACAGUACCGCUCGACAUCCACGACUACGACCUCGACUUUGAUUACGACCGCUUCCAAAAACCGCGCAAUAGGACAGGAUGAUACACCUACACCGCCACCACUGCCACCGCGAAAAGCGUCCACAUCUUCGGUGUUGGCCACUCCGCCCGGACAUAAGUGGAUCGAUGUCGAGGCCAUACCCGAGAUGCGAAAAGCACCGAAACGUAUUACAGCAAUCCCGCAGAAGCAACCGCAGCCGCAGUCGCACCAUAUGCGCCUCGAUUCCACCUCUGAAAUGUCGGCCGCAUCCCUCGAUCGGCAGGAUACGGGGCCUGACGGGCAGCCGUACAACUACGUCAAUCCGGAAGAUUGCCAGUGCGAAUGCCACGAGCAUGAGCGCACCGCUGCUAGCACGAGCACUACCCUCAGCGGUUUGGAGCGCGACGAUAUGGGGACCUUAUCCGCCGAACUGGCCGAUGACUGUCGACCACUGCUCCGAUCAUCGUCCUCGUCGUCUACAGCGGCGGCACCCUCCAGCACGCCAGUAUCCGGGAACGAUCGCCAAACCGAUCACCAUCCGAUCGGCAGGAUAGAUCCAGAUAGCGUUGGAUUUGCAUCCGUUAACGACCUAUAAGAGUGUGUAUAAACUUUCGCUGCUAAUUAAACUGACCAAGGGAAGGUAAGCUCCGCUUGCCGAGAAGCUCUUCAAUACUGUUCGGAGCUGACGUAUGAGCAAAAAAGAAAAGAAAACAGUAUUUACUAAGCUACACAGUGCUUGCUUUCAAAGUCAUUGCAUCAUUUAACAAAACGAUUCUAACAAUAAACACAAUGCCAUACAUAGACAUUUCCUAUAUGCGUGCUACUCGGGCAAUAAGAGGCAACAUCUUUCAACUAACUAGCAUGUAGUGGACAGCGUACACAAAAGCCACAAAAUUAAAAGAAAUAAAAUUUAGUAUUUUGCAAUUACAGUUACUCUUAUAAAAACGUAUAUAACGAACAAGCAGAAAUGGAAGCGUCGUCUCAAGCCAAAUGCCCUCGGUAAAAUAUUUGUACUCACGUAUCCUCACCACAAGCAAACGGUGUACUCCGUGACAAACCAAGCACAGGCAAAACGUUGUCUCGAAGCAGAUUGGCAAUGUUGCAAGUACGAUUAUAGUUAAUAGGAUAAAAUAAUAGCUGAGGUAAGCCCUGAAAAGCAAACUAGCCAUCCCACUCGGUGGAAUUUUCUUUCCUAGUUAGUUUCUCGAAUGUCUUGGACCUGGAAAGUUUAGAAUAUUAAAGAUGAUGAAUAAUGUGGUUGCAAAGGAAACGCAAACAAAAGUCGAACUAAAGCGAAGUAGAUGAAAAUAACCUCCCUUUGAAAAAUGUGAUCCUCGCGUGCGUAAAGUGUGGGAUCGUUAAACUUUGGAUCGAUGUCUCGAUCUGAUCACCCCAUACACCAACCGAACCAUUCUUCGUCCAUCACACAACCAGGCAAAUGCCAUCGCUCGUUCUCUUCUAAACACUUGUGUUGUAUUUGUAUCGUUGCAAAGAUAUAUAUCGUUAAAUAAAGGUAAUAAAGAAACCCUUUAA